CUGACGCGCGCUGCUAGUGUUUCCGGUUCCGUUCGCAGUGGAAAAUAUUAAAAAAUAUCCCAAAUCGCCAUGGAUAGCGUCGAGUAGGAAUAACACGCUUGGCCAUCAAAUAACUAUUGACGUCUGGAUAUUUCGGUUGCAAUUUCCGCGCGUUGCUGGGAUCGAAUCGAAUAGAAAAUUGAGCCGAGAGCCUUGAGGAAAUGCCACCAGCUCGCAGCUGAGUUGCAUUCGCUGUUGUUGUAGUGCUAGUGCUCGCGAGCGUGUGUGCGUGCUUGUGUGUGUGAGUGUGGCUGUCUGGGUGUGGGUGUAGCUGCCAGUGCACCGUUAUUUGGGUCAAAAGCUGCAGCAGCACAAAGUUCCAGGGGUUUUCCACCUGUUAUGCAGCUGGCCUAAGGAGCGUACGCAGUGCGGAGUGACCCAUGGAGGCGAAGGUACAUCGCCAGCAUCAGCGGCAGCGACGGACGGAGGCGCGUCAGAGGCGCCUGGAGCGUGAGGCGGCUGCAACAGGGGCGCCACCCGCUGGCAAUACCACCACUCCGGAGCGGGAGGAGCGCGAGGAGGCCCUGGACUGUGCCACGGCCCUCAAUGAGUCGGUGGCGGACUUGGGCACCGGAGGAGGAACGCCCAGCAGCGCCGGUCGCAUCAGUGCCCAGAGCUCGGCGGACAGCAUUGAGCUGGUGGGUUCCCCCAGCCAGACAUCUCAGCAGACGGUGGUCCUGGUUAAUGGCCAUGCCCCGCCCACGCAGGAGGACGGCGCCCAGGAGAGCGCCUCGCUGGGUGCCCGUGAAUCGCCGCCGCCGCAGCCGCCUAAGCAGAGCGACGGCAGCCGCAACUCCUCCGGCGACGCCAUGAGUCUGCGAGAGACACUGCAGCAGCUACCGGCCACCCAUCACCACCACCAUCGUUCCCGGCGCACCCAUUCCCCGCAGGCGCCGGCCCUGGAGCCGGACGCUUCCUUUCACCGCGGCAUUCUCGGCUACAUAGAUCGCGAGCUCAAGCAGAGCUCGCCCACGCCCUCCAAUGGCACCGGAAACGGAACUGGCGCCUCUCGGAAACAGCAGUCGCUGUCGGAUCCGCAGGCCAGUCCCGCCCAGCGAUCCUUGCGCUCGCGGAGCAGCUUCGACAAGAGUCCGCGCCGGAAGCGUAGCAAGUCCGAGUCCAGGAGGCGACGGGAGCGAAAGCUGAUAGCCGCCGGCGAGAUGGAAGUGCGGCAGGCGAACGAGACCCUGAUGCGGUACCUCAAGCAGUGCUCCGACAUGCACGACGCUUCGCUAUCCGGCGAGCUGGAGAUUGACCAAAGCUACGAGGAGAGGCGCGUCCAUAGAAAGACCAAAUCGCAGCGGGACAAGCGGGGCCAACUAAUCAGCAAACUGUAUUCGGCUGGCGGCAUCUCCUCUAUUCUGAAGGAACUGGCCGACGACAUUGCCCCCGCCGAUGGGGAGGAGAUCUACAACCCAUUCACGCCGGUGGUCUCGCCCACGGACGAUGCGCCCGCGCACAUCGACAAGAUGUUCCUGCAGACGUCAUCCGGCUAUCGACCGGUGGAGCAUAGCUACUACAAGCGCUCCUUCCUGGGGGCCGCAACCCGUGGCUCCGCAGGCGGGGCGGCGGCAGGCGGUGGAAUAGGUCGUAUCGAUGGCAUCUCUGCCGCCGAGCUGGGAGGCGCUGGUCGCCUCUUCCGCUCCAGCGGCAGCCAUGUUGGUGGCGGAACUGCCGGCGGCUCAGGAAGCGGGCGGGGCAGCUAUGGGGAUACCCGUUGCCUACUCGAUGCCGAUUUUAAUCGCAAUGGCAUCACCAGCAGCAUACAACUAGCCUGUGUAGUUCAACGAAUCUGGCUGCUCAUCUCGAAUAUAUGCCACGGCCUGCUAGCCGGUCUAGCGUUGGCCCAUCUACUCUUCGUGCUGAGCAGCCAUCCCAUGGAUUGGGCCAAGGUCAUCAAUGGCAUGAGUCUUGCUGGCGAGACGAUGUCAUCCACCACAUCAACCCCAUCUUCGGCGACACCAUCGAUGACGAUGACAACACUGGGCGUCAGUCCCGGCGAUCGGGGUACGGAGCCAAGUGGAGCUCCAGCUGGAGCAUCCGGAACGGGGGGCAGCGAGGCUUUAUCACUAAUAAGUGAUUAUGCGGGAUUUGCAGAGAUCUACUUGAAUACCUUCUACUGUUUGGCCAUAAUCUGCCUGGUUUCUGUUUUCGAUCGCAUGGAUAUCUGCCGCUGGAGCUUCUCGAAUGCCAGCGAACUGAUUUCGUUCCGCUGGCUCAUCAUAACCAUGAUCUAUGUGGCGACAAUAAUCCUAACAAUUUGCUCCGAUUCCAUCGACGAGAAGCUAUACCUUUUCAAUAACAAUUCCAACAUUACGCUGACUCAGCAGGAGAUGCUAAGUAACAGUGUGCAGAGCGUUUGGAGUAGCCUGUCGGUGACGCGAAGCAUUGCCGCCAUAUCGGGAUGGAUUAUGAUCGGACUGACACCGCAGGAGGAUAUGCUGUACGAGCAUCUGGUGGAUCUCACCAAAUAUCAGUUGACAAAUAAUUGAAUUUAAGGCGAACGCGAUAUUUCGACAAGGUGUAAAUAUUUUUGUAGUUAAACUCUUAGCAGCUGUUGUUUAGUUAUUGGCUUUUUAUAUGGCAUAAUCGAAGCGCAAUAGGACUCUUACGUAUACCCAAAUCUUAAGCUUUAAAGUCGUCUCUUAAGGAUUCACAUUGAUGCCCUUCGCAGGCCGCUAGAACAAACCGAAACAAAGAUGAAAACCAAUUAUUUAACAAACAAGAAACCUAAAUGGUUACCUUAAAGCUAGUUAACUAAGACAUAUAGCAAGCAAAGUAUAAAAAUGAACAUUUAGAAAUACCUAUAUAUACCAAAUAGUUGUAUCCGUGUACUUAUGCAUAUAUAUACAAUGUGUUACCUAUAUAGAUAUACACCUAACUAUACAAAUACUGAUAUACAUUAUAUAUAUGCGAGCAUAGAAAUAUUUACAGUACUUGAAGUCAUUUUUCGUACACAUAUCGUCUAAUGAAACCGAAUCCUUAGUUUAUUCAUCGUUGCGACAAUUUCGAACCAAAAGGCUUCCCCAAAUGAAAUCUACAGUCGAUAAAGGUUGAACGAAAUGAAUAAUAAUUUAGCAGAUGUCUUUUGUAAAAAGCUAGAAAACAUAUUUAUGUACAUACAAAUCAAAAAGUUAGUUAUUUACAAUGAGAAUGAUAUAGUGAACACCAAAAUAUCACUCCAGAGUCGAACAACUUCAGGAAAGCAUUAUAUGAAAACUAUUAUUUGCUAUGCAUAUUUUAUAAAUUCCCUUUUCUUUGAAAUCACUACAAAGACAAUUUGGAAUCUUACCUGAGCUGUACAUAAACCGAGUGCAAUAAAAAAACGAAUAUUAAUGUUUUCUUAUAUAUAUAAUAAAGUGUAUAGUGUAUACACAACAAUAUACAGAGGCGAAUGUAAUGAAAUUAAAUCGAAUUGUAAGCUAACGAAUCGAGAAAAGCGAAAAGGCAAUAAUCUCAUUGUAAACUUGUAUAUAAAAUAUAUAUAAACGCAA